AUGGGUGUGAUCACGGGUGGUGGCACGGCAGUAGCCCCAGCAGCAGCUGAGGCUAGCCAGCACGUCGGCAUGUCGUUUGCCGUUGCCACGUCGCAGCCCGCGGUGGCCGAUGCUGCAGCACCGCCGGCGCUUGUGGUGGGCAUAGACUUCGGCACCUACGCCUCCGGUUUCGCGUACCGCAAGAGCACCAGCUCGGAUGCCACCACCGCCCUCGGGAGCCCAGCGGCAGGAGGGGGAGGAGGAGGAGGGGGGAGCUCAGCUGCGUCACUCCGCGUCUCCACACACGACCGUUGGCCCGACCAACCCACACCCGACUCCAAGACCCGUACGGCACUGCUGUACCAGGGCAAUCGGGUGGUCGCCUGGGGCUGGACGGCGUGGAAGCGCUGGUCAGAGAUGUCGUCGUCCGAGCGCAGUGCCCAGUCGUACAGCUACAUGGAGAAUUUCAAGCUGCUGUUGGAGGAUGGCGCUGAUGCGGAUGUGGACACGGUGUGCCCCCUGCCGGCCGGGGUGACACGGGUGCAGGCGGUGGCGGACUACCUGGGGGAGAUGAGGAAGUACAUCCGCGACCAGCUGCGCCGCAGCGCGGGCAUCACCAGCAGCCUGACGUCCUCGGAGGUUGCGUGGUGCCUGACUGUGCCCGCGAUCUGGAGUGACGCGGCCAAGGCACGGAUGAGAGAUGCGGCGCACAGGGCGGGCAUGACGGUGCGUAUGGACUCCCGCUCUCUGUCACUGACGUUGGAGCCCGAGGCGGCUGCGCUGUCCGCGGUCACGAUGGGCGAGGCGGCAACACCCGGGACCGGCGGCGGGCUGAACUCCGUCGACAUCAGCGGUCUCCUUGUCGCCGCCUCCGUUUCCCGGUCCAGCGGGCUGCGUGACGGCGACGUGCUGCUGGUGCUGGACUGCGGCGGCGGUACGGCGGACGUCACCCUGCACCGAGUUCGUGGCUCGGGAGUGGCGAUGAGGCUGGAGGAGGCGGCAGUGGGGCGAGGUGCUCUGGCGGGCGGCGCCCACGUGGACUCCGCCGCGUGGUCGUACAUCCGCGACCUGCUCGGUGUACGGCAAUUUGACGAGUGGAAGGAGGCGCAUCCGGACGAGGUUGCCAAGCUGAAGAGCAAAUGGGAGCUCUCCAAGCGUGCCUUCCUGUGCAACAGCCGGCAGCCGGGAGCUGCAUCGUUGCCGUACUCCGCAACCGCUGCCGUACAACAGGCUGACGGUAGCAGCAGCUCCUUCCCCAGCGGCCUGGUCCGGGUGGCGGGAGUGCAGCGCAACGACAUUCGGCUGGCGCUACCGCCCGGCUUGGUCAGCGCCGUCGGCCAUGCUAAGCUACGGGCCCUGCAGCAGCAGGCAGGUGACAGUAGGCGCGGCUGGGUGGGAGCCGACCAGGCCCUGGUGCUGCCGGCUGAGGUGGUGGCGAGGCAAUUCUUCGACCCGGUGGUGGAUAAGAUCACGAGGCUGAUGGGUGAUGUGAUGGACGAGGGCAGGCGCAGGGGCAGCCCCUGCAGCAAGGUGCUGCUGGCGGGCGGGUUCGCUCGGUCGCCCCACCUUCAGAGUCGGGUGCGCGAGGCGCUGUCGGCGACCACACCGCUGCUCAUCCCCUCGGACCCGGGGGCUGCGGUGGUGACGGGCGCUGUGGUCUUCGGGGUCCGUCCCUACAUGAUCUCCAGUCGCCGUGCCCGCGUCGGCUACGGUGUUUGCUGCUCGCGACGCUGGUCGGAUGCGGACGCAGUUCACGCGGCUCGCUUUGGAUACCCAGAGAAGUUUUGGCACACGGAGGACCAAACCUACUACGCCCCUCACAUUUCACGCAGCACCAGCACGGAGGCCGUCUUUGAGCUGUACUCCACCACUGCCAACAAUACGCACUACACUCGGGACCCCGCUGCGCACCAGCACGCAAAGAUCCGGCUGGAGCUGCCCCGCGUCGGGUUUUUCGUGCGGAGAGACCGGCCCUUGGAGGUGGAGAUGCGUUUCGGCGCCACGGAGCUCUCCAUGGCGGCCACCGACGUGAAGACCAAGAACGCAGUCGCCACCACCAUUUGCUUCGAUUCAGCGCCUGCCUGA